AGCUGAAGAUGAUGGACAUCCAAAUCAAACCCAAAUGGAAAACGAAUCAAACCAUAGAAUCCUAUACCUGUAUUGUAGUUAGAGAUAAAAAUCCAAAUGAAACAAAAAUAGAAUCCAAAUCAUACCCAAAUCAACUCUAGCUCUCUGCUCAAAUCCGAAAUGAAACCCUAGUUUCAUCUUUCUUCAACACACAGAGGCAAACGAUGGUGGUAGUGUAAGUGUAGCUGUGUUCGUAGCAGUGGUGCGUGUGUUUGUCGCAUCAUUUUUAGAUCUAGGGAUUACCUUCUUCUGUCGUUGUCCUCCGUUUUUUGCCCACAGCUUUGUAUGGAAUUUGAAGCAGAUAGAGAUAAAAGGUAUCAGAAGGUGUCUAUGUUUAUGUUGAGGUGGUGAGAAAUAGAGGAGGUGUCGCGAUGAGAGCAAGCUGAAGAGAAAACAGAGAAAGGUGAAGAGAACACGUGGAUUGCAGAUGGCAGAGAUUGCCAAAUGGAAUAAACCACUGUUCAUCGACCCAUUAAUAAAUCAUCUGCCUCUCAAAUCUUCUUCAACUAAAGGAGUCCUUUUGUUCUUUCGACUCAGCACAUAAUCAUCUGCUAUCUGAUUCCUUCAUGGAGGAAGCUAACACAGUUGCAGAGGACAAAGACAACAAAUUCUUGAUGAAAGCUGUUAAAGAAGCUUAUAAAGCAGUAGAAUCUGGAGAUGGAGACCCAUUUGGUGCAGUGGUUGUUUACAAAGAUGAGAUUGUUGUGAGUUGUCAUAACAUGAUUUCAAAACACACGGAUCCAACUGCACAUGCAGAAGUUGUAGCAAUAAGAGAGGCAUGUAAAAAGCUGAACCAAAUCGAGCUCUCAGAUUGUGAAAUGUAUGCCUCUUGUGAGCCUUGCGCUAUGUGCUUUGCAGCCAUUCAGUAUUCAAAAUUUAAGAGGUUGGUAUAUGGGGUUAAAGUUGAAGCAGCCAUUGCAGUUGGGAUCGACGCCUUGAUUUCAGAUGCAUUAAGAGGAACCGGAUCUUUUCAGAAGGUUGAACUCAAGAUAAAAAAAGCUGAUGGUGAUGCAGCUGUUAUUGCAGAACAAGUUUUUGAGAACACUAAAGCCAAGUUCACUUGUUGAAAACACCAUAUGCAUAUGUUCUAAUGAGCUAAUUUGAAAUUCAUAAAGGUGUAGCAAGUUACAUAUAUGUUGUCUAAAUUUGGUAAAAAAUUACAAGUUGGUUACUA